UUCACUUCCGCUCUCCCGAAUUCCGAUGGCCAUUUCUCCAGUCGUCUACCUCUCUUCUUCGUCGGUUUAGCUACCGAGGGCUUCUCAACUCCACUAAACCGCCGUAAUUCGUGGCGGUUGGCCAUCGGGAGCGCGAGUUCGAGGAGCUCUUCACGGACGUGUCUUCCCUUGGUUCUCUCCUCACUCAGAGAUCAGGAGUCGCGCUUCAUGUAGAACCCCUUCAUGGAGUUGAUCGAAGCUGUUCUUGACUCCAUGGUUCUGAAUUGCUCCAAGGAGGUCGUGGAGCAGGCACAGGCUAUUAACAAGAGUUGUUCGAUUCAGGAUGGGGACAAGACUAUUCCUGCAGAUGCCACAUAUCAGCCUCUUGGAAGAAGGCCAGCGCUGGGCCGGAAACGGGCUAUGUUUCGUUUGAAACCUCUCUCUGGCAACCCUGUCCCAGAUUUUGAUUUGAAUUCUCAACUAGAUCAUAUAGAUGAUCCGGAGGAGUACUAUUUUGCCUUUGAGCAGCUUGAGAAUGCGGACAAAGAGCUAAAGAAACUAAGGGGUGAGGUUGCUACUGAAGCUGCAAAGAAUCAGCGAGCCACUGGUCGCAGACGUCGUCCUGGAAUUCUGGGGAAGACAGUUAGCUAUAAACCUCAUGUGUCUGCUAUUGAUACUAUCAAAGCUUUUAAUGCAUCAAAAGAAGACAGUGACGGAAGGAAUGCUAUUUCUUACAAGGUUUCAACCAGAACUAAGUCAAAUGAAAAUCUGCAUCCUGAUUCAUUUGAUCAACCUUACAAUUUAUAUUUGACAGAAACAAAUAAUGGACUAUUUGUUGGCAUUGAACAAGAAGAUUCUGUAGCUGAUGAGGAGAACGAUGUAAACAAUAUUCUAGAGAAGUUGUUUUCAUUUGAAGCUUUGGAUGAAGGUGAAGGGACAGCACUGCUGACGGAGAGCUUGCAGAUUAAGUCAAUGGAGGUGGGAAAAACGCAUAUCCCUGAAUGGUAUACUGUCCAAAGAAAUGACUUUAGGACUAUGGACAAUAGAGUUAUGCUAAAGAAAUUGGAAGUACACCAACUUACACAAACUUCACCAAACCUAGCAAGAGGUCCGCUUGCAGUGAUUGCAGACUUGCAACGGCGUAUUUCACUUAAUGAUCCCCUGAAAGAUCCAUACAUGAUCUCUCCAAGUGAGGAUUCACCAUAUUCUCAAGUUCCUUGUCCAACUAGCUGCCAAAAGAAAAAGACUCUUCCACCUCCUGAUGAUUUCAAUAAUACUGAUCAGAAUGGUUUGCUUGCUAGACAUGCUUCUGUUUCAGCAAAGACAUAUGACAAGAAAUCAAGUUUGGUUGCUAAAUUGGUGAUUCCAGUUAUUGAAGCAGAUAAAACCAUCAAUGAUAAGAUUGAAAUAGACAAAAAGGACAAUCAUAUCCAACUUGAUCCAUCAUGUGAACAUCCUGAUCAUGAAGCUGAGGAUCCAGCUCCUAGUUGCACCAAUCACAAGAACAGAAAAGGAUUGGUUACAGCUGAAGACCAUGUGAUUUCUCAAAGUAUUACUAAUGUAAAUGAAGGUGGUGCUGAUGAGAAUAUGCAAAAUCAGGUAAAAGUUCUAGCACCAGAUGUUCUGGUCGUUGGUCCAGAGGCAUCCAGAGAAAAUUCAAUUCCCUGGACAACAGUUCUUCCUCCGAGUGAGCAAUCUAAAGAUGAACACAUAAUAACAGGAGCGGACACUGAGACACGAGGACAUAAUGCGUCUUCUGCAACAUCCCAAAAUAAUGGAAAGAAACAAAAAGCAUUGCCAAGUAGAAAAAACAAGCGAAAACUUGUUUCAAGAAGACAAAGUCUUGCAGAUGCUGGUAUGAUGUGGAAAUCCGGUGUAAGGCGAAGCACAAGAAUUAAGUCGAGACCCUUACAAUAUUGGCGUGGUGAGAGAUUUUUAUAUGGGCGCAUACAUGAUAGCUUGACAACAGUUAUUGGGUUGAAGUAUACAGGUGAAGAUGGUAAAGAUGCUGAGCUGAAGGUGAAGUCAUUUGUCUCUGAGGAAUAUUCACAUCUUGUUGCCCAAGCAGCACUGCAUUGACCUCCCAGACUUAUUUACUCAUCUCUGCCUUUGCUUGCUCUCAUUUUAUGUGAUGUUAGUAUCCAAUUUUUCAUUUGGAUACUGCAUGAUCAUUUGGACUUGUGUCAGAAAGCCCACCGGUGACUCAAGUUUGCACUCAAAAGGUCUGAACGAGAGGAUUUCCUGACUCUGCAAAGUUGUCUUUGUGAAAUAUGAAAGCCUACUUGAUAUCCUCGUCUUCUGUUCGACGGGCUUGACAAAAUCCUGAAGGAUGGUUAGGUACAUACAACCAGAGAUGUAUAUAAAUGCGUGCAUCUUAAUGUUUCUGUUCCAUAUUUCAUCAAUUUAAAUAGGAUUCAGUGGGUGUUUAUCUGGAA